AUGUCUCUUCCUCUCCUUUUCACGCUCCCGCCCUCCAACCGCCAUGAAUUUCUUCUUCUAGACACUUCUUCCAAGAUCACAUUGAAGUCGCUCAACGCACAAAUCACUUCUACGAUCUCAUCGAGCCCUAACUGCGCCGAAUUCAUGGCGAAGCACAAGGCUGCUGACGGUCCCAAAGAGACGAUUCAAGAAUUCAAGAUUCACUGGGAUACCAAGACAAGAGAUGGCAAGAUAUGGCCCGAAUACACCGUAGUGACGGAUGAGAACUUCCCAGCGAUACUGGAAUUGCUCAAGGCGAAUCCAGUCAUGGGUGUGCUGGAGAUCAAGUUGGGUAGUUCGGACUAG